GAACACCCAUGCACGACCUCGCUGGUGCCAGUCCGCCAAUGGACGUUCUCUCGCCACAGGCGCCUAUCGGGGGCCCGUCGGGCACUUGUCGGCCGUCCCCGCUCGCACGCCACCCCUUCCCCAUCCACCUUGACUGAUGGGUCUGAAUGGCCGGCGAUCUCGCGGGCUGUUGGCUGUUCUGCGACGACUGUUCUCGGCGAUAGCCUCCCGCAUUCUCAAUGCUCCACAUACCCCGCACUUCGCAACGUAACCAGGCGCCAAGCCCGCGUGCUAUUCGUGGCCCGGCCCCGGGGAAAACUGGUGGUUAUAAGGAGGGCACGGCGUUCUUCCCUUCAAGUUGACACUAUGCCUCUUCAGAACGUCUCCGUCCCGUUCGCCAACCUGCUGGGGCUGACGCUCGGCGGGAUGAUCUACGGCGCCUAUCUUAUCCUCUUUCUCUCGUCGAUCUACCUUUUCGUCAAUGGGUACACCGAAUACGGGCCCCGCGCCUCUCUCUCGCGCCGCUUCGCCAAGGCGCUCAGGUCGCCGAUCGUCAUCGCCAGCAUUGCGCUGUUUCUGACAUCCACCAUCACGUGGGUGAUGACGGUCUACCGCAACUUCCGCGGCUGGAUCUUCUUUGAAGGCGGCGCGGCGCCGAACGUCUUCUUCAACACGAAUGCGGACAUCUCGGAGACCGUGCAAGACGUUUUUCUCGCGCUUUCGCUCACGAUUGGCGACUCAAUGAUCAUAUAUCGCCUCUGGGUUGUAUGGCGAAACCCAUACAUCAUCGCGCUGCCUGUCCUCUGCGUGCUCGGCUUGUUCAUUUCUUUAAUCAUAACAAUUGUGGAAACGACUCGCCUUAGCUUGAUCGCGCUGGACACUUGGAUCACCCCCACGACAGUCUUCAUCCUUGUCACCAACGUCUACUGCACCGCUUGCAUCGGAUACAAGAUCUUCGCAGUCGCCGUGGCGACCACAGGUCACGUCGGGAACCGCAAGCUGACACACUUCCUCGCCAUCUUUGUUGAAAGUGCCGCAGGCUACACCUCCUGGGCGCUGCUUUACACGAUCCUCCACCAGCUCGACCGCAACCUGCAGUUCGCGAUCCAGAACACGCUCCCCGCGAUGCUCGGCGCCGCGAACGCGCUCAUCAACGCCCGCGUAGCGCUGGGACGGGCCAUCGAGCUGCGCGACGGGGCAUACACCACCAGCGGCGCGGGCAGCGCCUCCGCGAAAGGUGGAAUUCCGCUGAGCAUUCGUUUCGGGCGGCAGGUGCAGGUCAGCGACCCGGCCGGCACGGCGGGGACGCGGAAUAUGACUGUGAAGACACAUACGGUGGUGGGAGAGGGCACGGUCCGGGAGGAUGAUGGGAGUGUUUCCAAGCCGGAGGCCUUUUGA